CAGAUAUGGUAGUUGUGAGAACCAAAUGUUCGGUACAAAUACGAUGUUUGAACGUGGAAAUCUGGAUUUUUCGAAAGACUAAAUUAAAUAGACCACAGUGAAUUUAGACAAUGAAUAAGUGUAUAAACGGAGUAAAUUUGGACAAAAUGUAAAGUGAUGAAGAUGAAUUUACAGAAAUCUUGUGCGGUAUUCGGACAAUAUUGAUAGUUGGUUUUUUAAAACAUUUAACGAGAGGUAUUUCUAUAUUUGCAGGUCUAAACCAUUAUGUAUGCUGAUGACGUUGAAAACGUAGAUCACGUAAUUCUAUCUAGAAUUAGCCUCAAAGAAAUAUCUACGGUAAGUGACGAUGACCCUUUGGAUAGAGCACCGAGAAAGAGUAUUUUAACUAACGACGAACGAAAAUGGAGGCUUUCUUAUUUAAGGAGUCAAUUUAAAUCCUACCAAUUGCAAGAUCUUUUUAGAUUGUACACAAAAAAAGUGAAUCAUGGAUAUUUCUCAUUAUAUUUAAUACUGCAAACGCUUUUAACUAUAACGCAUAUUUCGUUUGUAUUGAGUAACAAUGUGGACGACCCUUUACCCGUCCUCCCAGAUAUUAUUCUUUACAUAAGUACGAUAUUAUUAUCUCUAAUAUGUUUGUAUAUAAUAGACAGAGUGGCAGAGAAAUACAACAAACUACAGUACGUAACCGUAGCAGCUUUUUGCUUUAUAUUUUUCGUCAAUGGCUUCGUACCUUACUAUUAUGCCAAACACGAACGCUUCAGACCUGCUUACUCACCAUACCUCAUCAUCGCCUGCUACCUAUUCUUUGCCAUAAAUAAUUUGACGAUGGCAAUUACGAUGGGAGCGUCGGUAUCUCUUUUUCAUAUUGCAACAUUAUAUUUUGUGACUUACUCGAAUUUAGACCACAUGAUUUGGAAAAAGAUAACCUCGGAUGCCAUAUUUGCAUUUUUUAUGAAUUGCUUAGGUAUUUACUACAGAUAUAUGAAUGAAAUUGUGAUAAGAAGGAGCUUUCUGGACAGAAGGGAUAGCAUUAUGUCGACAUUUUUAUUAAAACAUGAAAAAAAGCAAGUGGACCAUCUAAUGCAGAGUAUUAUACCUGAAUAUGUGAUAAACAAAGUAAAAGAAAGGUAUAUCGAGACAACAAGGCAUUUUAUAAAAACGGGACAUGUUAGGCAAAAUCCAUUUGAUAAUUCCCUACUUGACGAACAUGAAAAUGUAUCGAUUUUAUUUGCCGAUAUAGUAAAUUACACAGAAAUGACUGGAACACUAAAAAUAACUGAGUUGUUAGAGACGUUGAACGAACUUUUUGGACUAUUCGAUGAUUGUUCCGAUAAGCGGCAGGUAACGCGGAUAAAAUUUUUAGGUGACUGCUAUUAUUGCGUAGCUGGCCUUCCUCCAGAAGCUUCUCCGAAUCCAGCUGAGUCCUGCGUUGAUUUGGGAUUAGAUAUGAUCGCUAUAAUUGCAUCAGUACGGAAAAAGCGCAAUCUCAACGUCAACAUGCGGAUUGGAGUUCACAGUGGAAAAAUCCUUAGCGGAAUCAUAGGAACUGUCAAAUAUCAGUUUGACAUAUGGUCCAAAGAUGUUGAUAUCGCCAAUAAAAUGGAAAGUGAAGGACGAGCAGGGAUGGUUCAUAUCACCAACAAAACAAAGGACUUACUAACAAAAAACUAUUUAAUUGAGGCAACUGACAAAGGGGAGACUGUACCACAGUUUAAAAAUUACGGGCUUUCAACAUUUUUAAUUAGACCUAACAUAGAAAAGGAAUCACUUCCAUCACCGACAUCAGAGAGCUGUCCUAGCAGUCCAACUACAAGACUGUCCAUCUUUAAGAAACAACGAUCGUAUCCAGGCAACUUAAGUCUAUUACAGCAACUACAAAGAGUCCCUUCUGUGAUAGAUGAAGAUUCGUCGAAAAAUAGUGUUAAAAUUUUUAUAGACGAUCAGAAAUAUCGCAACAGUGAGGAGAGAAUAUUCAGAAAGAGCAAAAUGCAAAAUCAAAGAGCUAGCGAUAGUAGGAGAAGUACGAAUACUUUGAAAAGAAGGACUGCGUUCAUGAAUAAUAAUAUUAAGAGGUAUAAUGAGAGGACGAAUGAUGUGAAUGAGGAGAUGGGAAAAUCGAUAAAUUUGAUUUCGUUUUCAAAAUAUCAGCAAUACAUUAAAGUAAAAGACAUUAAUGUUCUUCUUCUUUUCAAUAACUUUAAAAUAGAAAUGGAAUAUUUGAAAAUACCAGAUGCUUUAUUCAAGUACUAUUUGUUGAGCGCUGCAGCACUAAUAAUCUGCGUGUAUAUUAUUCAGAAUCUGACGCUUAAACAAUGGGACGUUACCACGUGGCCUUUCCUUGCGAGUGCGGUUCCCAUUAUUUUUAUUUUUAUUCCAAUAUCAUGGGCUGAAUACCUAUACAACAAAUAUAUAGCUUCACAUGGUGACGAAACACCAAGCAAUUUUCUAUUCAAAGGUAUCUAUAAGAUGUCGGGUGUGAUGACCAACAGUUUUGCUGUGAGACUGAUCAUUUUUUUAUUCGUCUACAUAAGUUUUUUGAUCUGCGUUAUGGGCGAAGUAUUGGACUGCAGGGAGACUUUAGAGGAAGAAAUUGACAUCCAUAAUAGCACUACUUUUAAAACAAGCUUUUUAAAUAUAUUACUCUAUAAGGAUGUUUAUAAUUUGAGUAUGCUCAACUGCGUGCUUCCUUGGCAUAUGACAGAAACAUGUGCUAUGACUGUGAUCAUGACGUUUUUAUUUCUAAGGAUCUUUAUUUGGAUAAAACUGUUGUUAGCAACGAUAACCAUUAGCUUCUAUGCCUAUUGCGUGCUUAGUGUCAGCAAAGGAUAUUAUAAGGACAGCGAAACUUUUAACCAUCUUCUCGAUCCCCAAGUUGCGCAUAUCAUGUCAACGGUUUUCUUGAUUGUCACUUUGCAUUUAGUAGAUCGACAGACCGAUUACAUGAAUCGACUGGAUUAUCUGUUAAAUAGAAAAUUCAAAUUCGAACAAGACGAGGCAAAUUUACUACAAAAAGUCAACGAGAAUUUGUUAGUAAAUAUUUUGCCAAAGCAUGUAGCGAAUCUGUAUCUGGAUGUGAGCCGAGAACAAAAAGAGUUGUAUUUCGAAGAGCAUGAUAAUGUGGCUGUUAUGUUCGCAUCAAUUAUAACCGAGGAUGAAUUGCAGCAAAUUUUAGACGAGAAGGAAUUUUUAACGUUAAUGAACGCUUAUAUACUGAAGUUCGACGUGCUUACUAACAGAGAACAGUAUCAUAAUAUAGAAAAAAUAAAAAUUGCCAAAUGGACUUACAUGGUCGCGUGUGGACUCUUUACUGACAGACAAACACAGGACGGUGAACGACACCAAACUAGCUCAAGUAUGUAUACGUUGCUCUGCUUCGCGUCUGAUAUGUUUAAGAAGCUAAACGAUGUUAACAGGCAAUACCUACAAAAUUCACGAUUAAGAAUUGGUAUAAGCCACGGACCAAUUGCAGCGGGUGUAGUCGGUAGCAAAAAACCCUUAUAUGAUAUUUGGGGCGACCCAGUUAACAUGGCAUCAAGAAUGGACAGCACUGGUGUUCCAGACCGAAUACAGGUGUUAGAGCAUACCGCCGAAGUCAUACAGAAGCUCGGGUAUAAGUGUACGGAAAGGGGGAAUAUACAAGUCAAGGGCAAACAAGGAAAACUGAAGACGUUUUUUGUGGAUAUAGAUGAAAAUUUUAACUUGGUUAGAGACAAUUUGUGCAGUAAUGGGACAAUUAAGAAAGCUUGAGAGUAGUGUGUAUAUAUUGUGUGUUUAUAUUUUUGUAAAUAACGAAUAUAUUUAUUUAUUUUAUUUUAA